AACUCCAAAUUUGUGUUCAACAAAUAUAUGAGGGAGGACAAGUCAGUCGUUGGAUGAAAUAAACCCUCUUACGCUGUAUACUUUUAACAAUUCAAGGAUAGAACCAUGGCUAUCCGUAUUUUCGUUAUCUGCAAAUCCCACGAGAUGCCUGGUUCAACCGAGGACAAGAAUAAGUUAAUGGCAAACAUAGCCUGUCAAGAAGUUUUGAAUCGAGACUAUGGUGAAUCCAAAGGUGAUCGUCUAUUGUGUGAAGGGACAUAUUUCUCGAUUAAUCAAACGUGUUUCCUUGUAAUUGAUAACGGUCCUGUGGAUGCCACAACCUAUGAUAUGCGGAUGUUCAAAUGGAAAGGACGAGAGCUUGUCUCUGUGCCCAAAAUACCCCCAUACGCUCUCAAAAAGUUUAGAGACAAAUACCAAUUUAAUCCAGCCGACAGGCCUAAAUGCCCGGUGUACACGGACGAGAAAUUCAGGGACAAAUUCGGCCCCGAUGAGCACCUGAGGGUCGUGAGAGCCAUAGAUGAGAAGAAAAGAAUUGCAAAAGAAUACGGCGCCAGCACUUCUUAGAGUGAUAUCCCAUCGUGGACAGCCUUGCAAUCUGCUGCUUCAUUGUGCAUAGGGGAGUUAGGCACAGAGGCGAUAGAGGUAGAGCUCUCAUACAGUAUGCUCUGCGGUUCCGCUGGAUAUGUUUCCAUCUGGGUACAACUUCACAACGUCGUUCAACGACAUAUAUUAUAUAUGUAUAUGAUAUAUAUCCCAGCUUUUAUCAAAGAAUUCCAUGUUCAUCCCCGUGGAACAUUGUGUGACUGCUAUCUCUGCUAUUAUCAGUAGUACAACUCUAGGGAACGGACUGAAACCAGGAG